AUGGCUCUUCUCGUGCUGCGCCUGCCGCUGCUGCCACGGGAGCUGCCCACAGGUCUUGCUCUCUUCUGCUGCAUGCCCGCAACCAUCACAGCAGGCAUCUCACUUGCACGGGCAGCACAUGCCAACACAGCGUUGGCUCUCGGCCUUACUGUAGUCACCAACACCAUCGGCAUACUCACUAUGCCUCUGCUCCUAUCAAGGCUCGUCCCAGCCAGUGGGGGUGUGUCGGUACCAGCAGGGCCGUUGUUACGGGGACUUGUUACCACUCUGCUCGUUCCUCUCUUCAUAGGCAUGGCAGUUCGGCGGACCAUCCCAGCUGUUGCCACGUGGGCUGAUCAGCGCAAGCAGCAGCUCUCAAUGGCCAACAAUGCCAUGCUCUCAUUCGUACCGUGGAUGCAAGUCAGCUCCGCCCGGGCGGCGAUUCUUCGUCUCGACAUGACACAACUGCUACCCAUUGCUGCUGCUGGCAUAGCCGUCCAUCUGUCCUUCCUGGCGCUCAACAUGGCAGUGAUGGCGGCCCUGAGGCGAAUCACCCCUCCGCUUCCCAUUCAAGAGGCCAACGCUGUCGAUAGAGCUGUCAUUAUCCUCUCUAGCCAGAAAACCCUUCCAGUGGCUGCAACAGUGGUGGAGAAGAUUGGCACGCUAAUGGGCGAGCCAGCAUUGGUCCUGCUGCCAUGCAUUCUCACCCAUUUCCUCCAGAUAUUUAUUGACUCGCUGCUUGUCAGCAAAUGGUUGAAUGAUGAUAGGGAGCGUGAGACCGCCAAGCGUGCUAAGAAAAAGGGGAUAGGGUGCAUUGUACACCCUCGUUCUCAGCACUCUCACCAGCGGGCGUCUGGCAGGCUGAUUUUCGGCGGCCUGUCGUACAACUACUACAAGUCCACGUGCCCCAAGGUGGCGGAGAUUGUCGCGGCGCGCGUGUACCAGGCGUACAAGAACGACCCCGCGGUCCCCGCGCCGCUGCUGCGUCUGCAUUUCCACGACUGCUUCGUCCAGGGCUGCGACGCGUCCGUGCUCCUCGAUUCGACGGAGGACAACAAGGCGGAGAAGGAUUCGGAUCCCAACGCCACGCUCGGCGCGUUCGACGUGGUCGACGACAUCAAGGACCACCUCGAGGCGGAAUGCCCCGGCGUCGUGUCUUGCGCCGACAUUCUUGCUCUCGCCGCUCGCGAAGGCAUUCACCUGGCCGGCGGUCCUUUCACGGAGGUGCCUCUGGGCCGUCGCGACGGGCUGACGUCAUUCGCACUCGCUGCCGAGACUUUCCUCCCAGGCUCCACGCUCAACGUCUCUGGUCUCGUCCACAACUUCAAUACAGUCGGCCUCGAUAUGACCGACGUUGUGACUCUUAGCGGAGCGCACACUAUCGGGGAGGGCCGCUGCGUGAGCCUGAAGAAUCGCCUGGAGCAGGACGACCCCACGAUGGACCCGGAAUUCGCGGCGUACGUGAAGCAGAAGUGCGGCACGAGCAACAUCGACCCCAAGGCCAUGAUCUCGAACGACUAUGCUUCGCCAAACAAAUUCGACAACCAGUACUACAAGAAUCUCCUCGCGCACAAGGGCCUGUUCACCACCGACCAGGCGCUCAUUUACGACGACAAGACGGAGCGCGCAGUGAAGGCCUUCGCGCACGCCAAGAGUGUGUGGUUCGACGCGUUCCCCAAGUCGCUCGUGAAGAUGGGCGUCAUUUCGCCGCUCACCGGCACUCAGGGCGAGGUCCGCCUCAACUGCCACGUGCGCAACACCUACUAG